AUGGGUUGCUUAGAGGAAGAUAGAGUCGGUCUGCUUCACUUGAAGUCAUUUCUGACUAUAUCCAUUCCGUCUCUCACAGCUUAUAAUUCCGACUACGAUCUUCUUCCUUCAUGGAUUGACCAUGAGAAGAGUUAUUGUUGUGGUUGGGAGCGGGUCACGUGCAACUCCACCACAGGUCAUGUGAUAGAACUGUCCCUUCACAAUUUAAUGCAAGAUCUUCAUUUGUAUUACGAAAGGGGGAAAUAUUAUGAGGAACUUCCAUGGUUGUUAAAUGUGUCUCUAUUAGAGCCUUUCAAGGAGUUAAGAAGUCUUGAUCUAUCCUCUAAUGCAAUUGAUGGUUGCAUACGAGAUGAAGGAUUUGAAAAGCUUUCAACCCUAAGGAAUCUGGAAAAUUUAAACCUUGGUUACAACUUGUUUGAUGACAAUAGCAUUCUACAAUCUCUGGGUGCUAUCACUUCGCUCAAGACUUUAAAUCUUACUUGGAAUAUGUUGGAGGGAUACUUUCCAGCUGAAGAAUUAGUUACGUUGAGAAAUUUGAACACGCUGGAUAUAAGCUCCAAUUCGUACAAUGGUACCCUCCCAAAUCAAGGUUUCGAAAGGCUAGCGGUACUGAGAAACUUGGAGACAUUGAUCCUCGAUGGGAAUAACUUUGGCUACAGCAUCAUACCAUCUCUAAGUAACCUUACAUCCCUUAUGACAUUAAGUCUUUCAGGGAAUAUGUUUUGGGCAGAUCAUGAACGAGUAAAUGCUGAAGGUACUUUCGAAAGGCUCGCCGUAUUGAGAAAUCUAAAGACAUUGAAUCUUGAUAGGAAUAACGUUGAUGACAUGAGCAUCAUACCAUCUCUAAGUGGGCUUACAUCCCUUAAAACAUUGAAUCUUGCGUAUAAUGAUUUGCGAGGAGAAAAUUAUGGUGAAGGUUGGAAAAUGUUGUCAAGAUUGGAGAACUUGGAGAAAUUAGAUCUUUCUCACAAUUACCUCAACGACACUAGUUUUCUUCAAUCAAUUGCUGCAAUCAAAUCUCUAAAGACUCUCAAUCUUAAAUACAAUGAGUUGACGGGAUCCUUUCCAACCAAAGUUCUAGCAAAUUUAAGCAACUUGGAGGUUCUUAUCUUGGCAGGAAAUCAUUUUGGUGGACGACUAGCAACCCAAGAAUUUUGUGCAUUGAAGAAGCUUGAAGUGUUAGAUCUAUCUUACAAUUACUUUGAGGGGAUCCUACCUCCAUGCAUAAACAAUAUGACAUCUCUUGUGGUGUUAGAUAUUUCUGAUAACCAAUUCAAUGGAAAUGCUUCAUCGUCAUAUGUAGAAGCCAGCGGAACAAGUCUCGAGUACAUUGCUUUCAGUUAUAACCAGUUUGUGGGCAUAUUCUCAUUCAAAUUAUUUGCCAAUUACUCUAAGCUUGAGGUUCUUGGAUUCAACGGCCAAAACAAUAAAGUUGAAAUAGAAACUGAAGGUUCCAUGGGUUGGUCCCCUUUGUUUCAGCUGAAGAUCAUUCAGUUGUCCAAUUGUAGUCUGAACAAGCUCACUAGCAGUAUUCCGAAAUUUCUUCUUGUCCAGCAUAAGCUGGAUAUUGUUAAUCUUUCUCAUAGAUCGUUACCUAUUUGCUUGAAUCUACCAAAGCUUGAACAUCUAUAUUUGCAAGGGAACAAAUUCACAGGAUCAAUACCGAAAGUUCUUUUCAAUUCCUCAUCUCUUUUGACAUUGGAUAUUGGAGAUAACAACUUUUCAGACAGCAUCUCUGUUGAAAUCAAACAACUUCAAGCCUUAAAAGUACUUUUGUUGAGUGGCAAUCGUUUCACUGGUAUAAUUCCGAAUCAGUUGUGUUUGUUAAGAAUGAUAAGAAUAAUGGAUCUUUCCAAGAAUGGUUUUUCUGGGACCAUACCACAAUGCCUCCAUGACAUAUAUUUUGGGAAGACAGCAGCACCCAGUUUUGACUAUUUUAGUGGAAAAGCUGAUUCUAUCAAUCUGUUUAUGGGAUCAACUUACACAUAUAAAGGUUUCUCUAACGGGGAUGUUGACACUUACGCAUAUCUUGAAUAUGUUGAUGUAGAAGUAGAGAUUGAGUUUGUAACCAAAUAUAGGCAUACUUCUUAUAAGGGUUCUAUCCUUGGUUACAUGUCUGGACUGGAUUUCUCAUGCAACAACCUAACAGGUGGCAUCCCACCUGCAUUAGGCCAAAUAUCUUCAUUGCAUGCACUAAAUUUAUCUUAUAACCAGCUAAUUGGUAAAAUUCCAAUAACAUUCUCGAAAUUGGCUCUCUUGGAAAGUUUAGACCUCUCUCAUAAUAGUUUGAGUGGAGAGAUUCCUUCAGCAUUGAUUGAUCUAACCUUUCUUGAGGUUUUCAAUGUGGCCUACAACAACCUAUCAGGUAAAGUUCCAGAUAUGAAAGCACAAUUUGGAACAUUUGAGAAAAGCAGCUAUGAAGGAAACCUACUACUUUGUGGACCACCACUAGAUAAAAGUUGCAGCAAAGGAAAAGAGUCAGAUCCAACACCAACCCAAUCUUCAAAUGAAGGUGAUAGAAAAUGGUAUGAAAUAGAUCCUAUGGUCUUCCAUACAAGCUUCUCGGCUACAACUUCCACGGGCUCUAGUUUCAAGGUCCCUGCGGCAUCAAUGGUCGGUAAGGGUUCUAAAGGCUUGACCUUUGCCCCGAUCUUCUUCUUCAACUGGGACACAUGGAUCAUGGCGUAUAUCUUGGUAGAUGGAGGUAGAUCCAAAUGGUAG